AUGUGUCUGACAGAAGUGGAAUUGGAGGUUUUAUUGGACAAUGGCAUCGUCCAACUCACGUUGUCGAAGCCCGGAGGUUCCAUUACGGGAGUCAGAUACCAUGGACUUGAUAAUGUAGCGGAAAUUAAGGAAAAAGAAGACGGUAGAGGGUAUUGGGAUCUUGUUUGGAAUCCAUCAGAUCGAGAUUCUGGUAUAUUUCAGAAAUGGGUCGAAGCCGAGCCCCUAGCGACCAUUACGGAGUCGCAAGUGGAAAGGUUCGUGUGGAGAAACCUCAUAACUCGGUUCGGCCUGCCCCAGUCCAUCGUUACCGACAAUGGACCUCAGUUCGCCGGCAGGAGAUUCCAAGAGUUUUGCGCCAAGCACAGAAUUCAGUUGAGAUUCAGCUCGGUGGCUUACCCCCAGGCGAAUGGGCUAGCUGAAGUAACCAACCGGUCCAUCAUCGACGGCCUCAAGAGAAGGGUAUCUGCUACCCGAUCGGCUUGGAUCGACGAGCUCCCGAGCGUCCUGUGGGCGCUUCGCACUACCCCCAAGACCCCGACCGGGGAAUCUCCCUAUAGCCUCACGUUCGGGACCGAGGCCGUGUUACCAUCCGAAGUAGCCGUCCCGACUCCGCGGACGACGGACUACAGCGAAGAAGCCUCGGGCGAAGGGCUCCGAUCCAACCUGGACCUGCUCGAGGAGAGACGGGCCGACGCACAUCAGAAAGCUCUUUCUUACAAAAGAGCCGUAGCGAGGGUCUACAACCGAAGCGUACGACCCCGAUCGAUAAAGCUAGAGGACCUGGUCCUGCGCAAAAUCGAGGUCAGCCACCCAACCCAAGUAAGGGGGAAACUGGCCCCGAAAAUACUCGGAACAGAAUUUGACGUAGUGCAGCAAGAUGCAAACCAUGUUGAGGUCUCUUUCAGAACAAAAUGGGAUCCCUCCCACCGAGGCAAGUUCGUGCCUUUAAACAUCGACAAAAGGUUUGUAAUGUUGCGAGGCAGCUCAGGCUUCUACACCUACGCCAUAUAUGAACACCUUCAAGGCUGGCCCGACUUCAAUCUUGGAGAGACCAGGGUGGUUUUCAAACUUAGAAAGGACAAGUUUCACUACAUGGCCAUUGCAGACAACGGGCAAAGAAUCAUGCCAAUGCCUGAUGAUCGCAGGGACGGAAGGUCACACAAGUUAGGAUACCCUGAAGCAGUCCGACUCAUUGAUCCAACCAAUGUAGCCUUGAGAGGGGAGGUGGAUGACAAAUACCAGUAUUCCAGUGAGAACAAGGACAGUUUGGUGCAUGGAUGGAUUUCUUCUGAUCCUUCCGUAGGGUUUUGGGUGAUCACCCCAAGUAAUGAGUUUAAGUCAGGAGGACCUGUGAGGCAGGAUCUGACAUCUCAUGUUGGUCCUACCGCCCUUUCUGUAAGUAUGUUCGUGAGCUCUCAUUACUCCGGGGUGGACACUGUGCCUAAAUUCAGGAACGGAGAAUACUGGAAGAAGGUGUUUGGCCCUGUGUUCAUAUAUCUUAAUUCUGCUCCGGACAAAUCGGAUCCAAAGCUUCUCUGGGAAGACGCCCAGAAGCAGAUGCAGGUUGAAGUGGAGAAGUGGCCGUACGACUUUCCUGCUUCAGAGGACUUCCACAAGAGCGAGCAGAGAGGCUCUGUUUCUGGUAGACUACUUGUUCUAGACAAGCACAUCAGUAAGGAAUACAUAAAUGGGAAUGCUGCUUUUGUUGGUUUGGCUUCACCAGGAGAAGCCGGAUCUUGGCAGAGAGAAAGCAAGGGAUACCAGUUCUGGGUGAAAGCAGACGUUAACGGCAACUUCUUCAUCAAGAACGUCAGAACUGGAGUGUACAACCUUUAUGCAUGGGUUCCUGGUUUUAUUGGGGACUACAAAUCUAGUCUAAACAUAACCGUAACGUCAGGAAACCACAUCAAUCUGGGUAGCCUUGUGUAUAAUCCACCAAGAGAUGGGCCAACCUUGUGGGAGAUCGGCAUUCCCGAUCGCUCCGCCGCGGAGUUCUUCGUCCCAGAUCCUGACCCUAAACACACCAACAGACUCUAUGUGGAUCAUUCUGAUAGGUUCAGGCAGUAUGGGUUGUGGGAGAGAUACGCAGAUCUGUAUCCUGAUGGAGAUCUGAUCUAUACAAUUGGUGUCAGUGACUACAGGAAAGACUGGUUCUACGCACAAGUUACCAGGAAGGAUGGGCAGGGUUCCCAUCAGGCAACUACAUGGCAGAUAAGGUUUCGACUCGAUAGUGUGCAUCCGAAUGGACCGUACAAGCUUCGAGUGGCGCUUGCAGCUGCCCACCUAUCCGAGCUACAAGUUCGAUUCAACAACCCAAGAGUGCAGCCUGCACACUUCACGACAAGGCUAAUUGGGAGAGACAACUCGAUCGCCAGACAAGGAAUCCAUGGGUUGUACUGGUUGUUCAGCAUCGAUGUGGAGAGCAGUUGGCUUCUUGAAGGCGACAACAUCAUCUUCUUAACCCAGACGCGGUGCCAAAGCCCUUUUCAAGGAGUCAUGUACGACUACAUCCGAAUGGAAGCUCCCGCAGACAGUGUUGCAAGCACAGAUGAUGUUGUUGAAUGA